AUGGAACAAAGCACUGGAUGUUCAGAAUAUGCGGAGUGUAAGCGUGUUCUUUUGGCUGUGGAUGAAUCACCACAGAGCCGGGGGGCAGUCGUAUGGGCGGCCCGCAGCUUGAUCAGACCUGAGGAUGAAGUGCUCAUCUUUCAUGCGAUCAAGGCUCUUGAGGAGGUCAAAACGCCAGCAAAAGCGAUUCCGUUUCACAGGGCCUUGCCAAACGUCAAGAAGAGCCUCCGCUUCGACGCAACUGAGAAGGCGACCAAGAUGGUCAACGUGCACGCUUCCUUCUGCGAGAAGCAUCUGAUCACGGCGCGGACCGAGGUGGCAUGGGCGGAGCGGCGCAAAGCAAUCCUUCAGAAAGUGGAAGACUUCGGGGCGACCCACCUGAUAAUGGGCUCAGGAAGGCAGGGCCGCCGCUUGGGUCUAUUCCGCAAGGAGGGUCUCUCGGAGGGCAUAGUGCGCGAGGCCAAGUGCGCGGUGUUUCUUGUGGACAAGGCGGGGCACCUCGUCUCGCGCAGCUCGUACAAUUCGGACGGCAAAAGCGGGUCCAAGCGCCACAUGUCCGCGGCGGCCGCGCGUGCGAUCGAGAAUGCGCUCUUUGAGAGCAUCCCAGAUCUCCCGAGUCCCGGCCCCCCGCUCAGCCAUACCACAAGCUCCGACUCCUCCGGCAACCGGGAUACUGAAAGCGACCACGUGGCAAUCCCCGACAGCCCCCUGUCCACCAGCUCCGGGGGCACCCCCCGGGGCAGAACUGUCACUUCCACACGGGGAGGUCUCCGGCGAGUUGCCUCCUCAAAUUCCCCCUUGUCCAAUCUGGGGGGGUCGCCGCGCUCGGGGGGUUCCCCCAAGAGAAGCCAAAACGGGUCACCGAAGUCGAUCCUCGCCAAGCAACCGAGCAUCGAAACACCCCCCCGGCUGUCCAGCCUUUCCAUACCCCCCCGCACCGAGCGGCGCGACCUGAUCCCCGAGUCGGACGGGAGCUUCCUCUUCGGGCUGCGUCGUGUGACGUCACUGGAUGACGUGCCGGCGGCCGCAAGGAUCAGGAGACUCGCGCUGCACGUCGGCGGCAGCGCGAAAGAGCGGAGCGUUCACCCCCUGACGCGGGCUGACGGCAGGAUGGCGUCAGCGGAGGGCGGCUCGCGGGCGGGAGACGUCAGGGCCACGUCAGCGGACGACGGCGAACUAGAGCGGCUGCGCGCGCAGGUGGCGGAGCUGGAGCUGAUGAGCGCGCUGCGGGAGAACGUGGCGCGGCAGUACGCGGCGCGGCUGGAGGUCACGCGCUCCGAGGCGGACGCCAUGACCUGGAAGCUAGCGGACGAGUCUCGGCGGCGGAAAGCGGCGGAGCGGACCGCCAGCCAGCUGGUAACUAUCCUCGGCAGCACCGCCCCCGACAAAGUCGUCGAGGUCCUCAACGGAACUCCGCCAAACGGCACCUGA